AUGGGACUCAACCGAGAACAUUUUCGCGCCAUAAUUUAUUACAACUUUCAGAGACAAUCAUCGCAACAAGAAUGCCUUGCUGAUCUUAGCGACGAUCCCAGGGUGGGUGCACCACAAACGGCAGUCACCCAGGAAAACGUCGAUACUGUGCGCAAAGUCAUCAUUGAAGAUAGACAUGCGUUCGUGAAGAUCUCAAAGACCUCAAUUCAAAAAAAUUUACAUGAAGAAUUAGGAGUAAGAAAAUUAGUGUCUCGUUGGAUACCCCACCUGUUGACUGAAGAGCAGAAAGCAGCUACAUUGUUAGUGUCGGCUGUUUGGGUGUUCCAAGGUGAAGAAAAGCCAACAAAACUCAUCCGUUCUCGAACGGGUCAUAUUGCACCAAUUCCUCUUAAUGAGCAAAGGACUGUUACUGCGGAUUGGUAUACCACCAUUUGUUUGCCAAAGAAUCAUCCCCACCAAGACAAUGCAAGCUCGCACACAGCCCAAAAAACAAGGCAGUAUUUAAUGGAAGAAAACGUGGAAUUCUUGAACCAUCCUCCAUAUAGUCCCGAUCUAAGUAAUAACGAUUUCUUCACUGUCCCGAAAAUUAAAAACAGACUGCGUGGUCAAAGGUUCCAGUCAUCAGAAGAAGCAGUUGAUGCAUUCAAAAAUGCCGUUUUGGAUCUGCCAGCAAACGAGUCUAAUAAGUGCUUCGAAAAUUGGUUCGAGCGCAUGCAGAUGUGUAUUAAUCUUCGUGGAGAAUACUUCGAAAAACAAUAA